AAAUACAUUAGUUUUUCGGCCUAAAAUUGAAAACAAAUUAUAAAUUCGGGAUAAGAAACAAUUAAUAACAAAUUGAGCGAGAAUGUUCUUUAAAAAGUUUGUGGCCUGUGCACUGAUCUGCGGCUUUGUGACUGGUGUCCUGGCCAACAGGAUAACCCUUGAGGAUGAUUCUGAUUUUGAUGCGGAAGGAUCGGGGCACGGGGAAUCGCCCUCAACGGAGACAUCAAAAAGCCCGUCCACAACGACCUCUACCGACCUCGUAGAAAUAUUUUCCUCUCAAGAAACUGAGAAACAGCCCAUCAUCCGCUUGAUUAUGAUGCCAAAUAACGUAAACCUCUUUAUGGAGGGAAUGGAGUUCAAAGCCCAAUGCCUCCUCCGUAGUGACCUGGCAAGGUGGAUAUUCAGCAAACCGCAGGAUCAAAUCAAGGAUCUCCAUAUGCACAGUCAAAGUAUCUAUAAAGAUGAAAAGUUAUAUUCAAUGCAGGAAAUUCAGUUUCAAAUAACGCGCGAGCACGAUAAACUGGAACUAACGUGCUCAGGAGGGGGAUUCCCUUACUUGACGGCCAAUUUAAUUAUCGAUUUGGUUUAUAAAGCGUGGGAAGACAGUGGCAUCCAGAAAGAGAUUGUCAUUGAUGACGUACCGGAUGACGUGGUGGACCCCGGUUUGCAAACAAAUUCCUCGAGCAAAGCACCGAGCAUGCAGGUGGCCAUUGGCGUUUUGGUCCUGACUGUUUUGGUCCUGACUGUUUUGGUCCUGGUGGUCCUGCUGUUUGUGGUUUCUCGAGCUACCGGACGAUUGUCUAUUGGCGGCUCAAAACCAUCCGAAACUAAUAUCAACGAGCAGAAUUCAAGCGCUAAGAGCUUACGACUAAGUUACAAUUAA